UCUGUGUUAAUGUCAAGUCAAACGUCAAUACGGUUUGUGUAUUUUGCGAAAAUCAGAUGGGUUUUCUUGGUGAAAUAAUGUGCUAAAAGCGCGUGAUUGUGCCACUCGACUGGCAGCCGAGUUUAGCUUUCGCCCCACGUGCCGCAAAAAGGACCGAAGAUAGACUCCGUGUGGGGUUGGGCGUCUCCGCCCUUGCGCCUCCAACUGGCCACCCACAUUCGAGGCACUUGCAGAAUGGGGGAGAUGGCAGUUGGAGACCGCCCACCUUCUCCAGCAAGGCUGUCUCACACGUCUGACAAGCACCCCAAAAACACUCUUUCCGAGCUCAAUGUCCUGCGGAGGCACCGGGAGCUGUGCGACGUGGUGCUCAACGUGGGCACGCGCAAGAUUUUCGCCCAUCGGGUCAUUCUGAGCGCUUGCAGCCCCUACUUCCGGGCCAUGUUCACCGGGGAGUUGGCGGAGUCCCGCCAGACUGAAGUCACGAUUCGGGACAUUGACGAGAUUGCGAUGGAUUUGUUGAUUGAUUUUUGCUACACCUCGCACAUCAUCGUCGAGGAGUCCAACGUGCAAAUGCUGCUCCCGGCAGCUUGUCUCCUGCAGCUGACUGAAAUCCAGGACAUUUGCUGCGAGUUUCUGAAACGUCAGUUGGACCCAACUAACUGUCUUGGGAUUCGAGCCUUUGCCGACACGCACUCCUGUCGCGAAUUGCUCCGAAUCGCCGAUAAAUUCACCCAACACAACUUCCAAGAAGUGAUGGAAAGUGAGGAGUUUUUGCUUCUGCCGGUUGGACAAUUAGUUGAUAUUAUCUCAAGUGAUGAGUUGAACGUGCGCACUGAAGAGCAAGUCUUCAACGCUGUUAUGUCCUGGGUCAAGUACAAUGUGACUGAAAGGCGGCAACACCUCCAUCAGGUGUUACAACACGUUAGAUUGCCUUUGCUCAGUCCUAAGUUUCUAGUAGGCACUGUGGGGUCGGAUUUGCUGGUUAGGUCCGAUGAAUCGUGUCGGGAUCUCGUUGAUGAGGCUAAAAAUUAUCUUUUACUGCCACAAGAACGGCCGUUGAUGCAGGGCCCCAGAACCAGGCCGAGGAAACCAACGAGAAGAGGAGAGGUUUUAUUUGCAGUCGGGGGAUGGUGUAGCGGGGAUGCUAUCGCCUCCGUGGAGAAGUUUGACCCGCAGACGAUGGAAUGGAAGAUGGUGGCGCCGAUGAGCAAGAGGCGGUGUGGAGUGGGAGUCGCUGUUUUGAAUGAUUUGUUGUAUGCGGUUGGCGGACAUGAUGGGCAGAGCUAUCUCAACAGUAUUGAAAGGUACGACCCCCAAACCGACCAGUGGUCAUGUGACGUGGCCCCUACGACCUCCUGUCGAACAAGUGUGGGCGUAGCCGUUCUCGACAACCUUCUCUACGCUGUCGGGGGUCAGGACGGGGUCCAGUGUUUGAAUCACGUCGAAAGAUACGAUCCUAAAGAAAACAAAUGGACCAAAGUAGCCCCCAUGACGACGAGACGUUUAGGCGUCGCCGUUGCCGUCUUAGGUGGUUAUUUGUACGCAAUAGGGGGCUCCGAUGGACAAUCGCCACUAAAUACAGUAGAACGAUACGAUCCAAGACACAACAAAUGGGCUCUAGUGAGCCCUAUGUCAACACGAAGAAAACAUUUAGGCUGUGCUGUCUUCAAUAAUUUAAUUUAUGCGGUGGGCGGCCGCGACGACUGCAUGGAAUUGUCAAGUGCCGAACGGUAUAAUCCUCACACGAACACUUGGAGUCCCAUUGUGGCGAUGACGUCCAGAAGGAGUGGGGUCGGUUUAGCGGUGGUCAACGGCCAGUUGUACGCAGUAGGAGGCUUCGAUGGUACGGCCUAUUUAAAAACAAUUGAAUUCUACGAUACUGAACAAAACCAAUGGAGAUUAUGCGGUUCUAUGAAUUAUAGAAGGUUAGGAGGCGGAGUUGGCGUUAUGAGAGCUCCACAAACUGAAAAUCGGAUAUGGUAGUUAAGGCCUAAGGAAAAAGAAACGUAUUUUGUGUGGUUGCCUUUUGCUCACAAUUUUGUAUAAUCGAAGCAUUUUUAAAACAAUUAAUACAAAAUUGGGAGGUAAAGAUUUGUGAUUUGUAUUAUAUUUAGCGUUUCUUUUCGCGAUCUCUGUCUUCUAGGAAAGUUGCAAUUUCUUUAACCGCAUUUUGUUCAGGUUAGCAGCGUAACAAACAGAAAUGCUCGAAUAUUUUCUGUUUUAAACCUUUGCAUAAGCUGCCAGUUUUCAUAAUUUUAUUCAGAAAGUCUAAGUUUGUGACCAAUUGAUCCAAAAAUGCGCUGUGGCCAUUACCUUUAAAGUCUUAAACGGACUGUACAGUGUCAUUAGAAAAUGUCAAACUCUCUUAUGGUGACAAAAGACGUUCUGUUAUCAAUCGUUCAGUAUCAGUUGUUGCUUUUUUUUCCUAUGAUGUCGAAUUUGGAAGUUUUUUAAAUAAAAUGUGACGUUGGCGUUUUUA